CAAUUUUACCCCCGUGAGAAACAUUUUUGGUUUCUCACCGAGAUCAACUUGUAAUUACCGGAUAGUUACUAAAUUGAAAUUAAAUUUACGGAACUAAAAUUAUUUUCAUUGAAGUGAAGUAAAAAGGGCUUAAUUGUCAAUUAGACAAAAAAAAAAAAAAAAAAAGAGACGGAUGAAUGUUGCCCUUACCUCCUUCUACUCCUCUCUCAGCGUUCUCCAUUGAAGCGCACUCAACGUGUUCCAUUGAAGCGCCUUCUGAUACUUGUAUCCCCAUUGAAGGAGCUACUGAGGGUAGAGAGACCCGGAAGUCAUGCGAGGAUCAGUUACGUGGUUAACGCUAAACUUGUGGAUUCUUAUAUCAGUAUGUGGCAUUUUCAUUGGAAAAAGUCUUGCAGAAAGUGUUACUCUAAACGAAGCUAGGCAGCUCAGAGAUGAGGUUGAAGAGAUGUUCUUUCAUGCAUUUAAUGGAUACAUGAAGCAUGCUUUUCCACGAGAUGAGUUAAAACCCAAGUCUUGUGGCGGAGAAGAUACUCUUGGUGGUUAUGCCCUAACUUUGGUUGACUCCCUUGACACAUUGGCUUUGCUUGGUGAUAAAGAGCGUUUUGCCUUUUCUGUUGAAUGGCUUGGGAAUAACCUUCGAUUUGACAUUAAUAAAACAGUGUCAGUUUUUGAAACAACUAUUCGAGUUCUUGGAGGUUUGUUAUCUGCCCACCUUAUUGCAAGUGAUUAUGCUACGGGCAUGAGAAUCCCAUCAUAUGAAAAUCAAUUACUUCAUUUAGCCGAGGAUCUUGCUUACAGAUUGCUGCCUGCCUUUGACACGCCUACAGGGAUUCCAUUUGGUUCUGUGAAUUUAUUGGAUGGAGUAGAUGAGAAUGAAAGUAAGAUAACGUCAACAGCUGGUGGUGGGACUUUGACCUUGGAAUUUGGUAUUUUAAGCCGCCUGACAAAUAAUCCUGUUUUUGAGCAAGUUACAAAAAAUGCUGUUCGUGGAUUAUGGGCCUGCCGUUCUAAGCUCAAUUUAGUAGGUGCACAUAUAAAUGUCUUCACAGGUGAAUGGACACAAAAGGAUGCUGGAAUUGGAACAAGUAUUGACUCAUACUAUGAAUAUCUUCUAAAGGCCUUUUUACUGUUUGGGGAUGAAGAAUAUCUUUACAUGUUUCAAGAGGCUUAUGGAGCUGUAAUGCACUAUCUCUUCACUGAUCCAUGGUAUGUAGAAGUAAAUAUGGACUCUGCAGCUAUUGUAUGGCCAUUAUUCAACAGUUUACAAGCAUUCUGGCCUGGCUUGCAGGUUUUAGCUGGAGAUGUUGAUCCUGCUAUUCGUACACAUGCUGCCUUCUACAGUGUUUGGAAAAGAUAUGGAUUCACCCCUGAGGGCUUUAAUCUGGCUACUCUAAAUGUUCAACAAGGUCAGAAAAGCUAUCCACUGCGUCCAGAAUUAGCCGAGAGUACUUAUUGGCUCUACAAAGCUACCAGAGAUACCAGGUAUCUGGAUGUAGGACGUGACAUUGUUUCCAGCUUGCAAUAUGGGGCCCGAUGCCCCUGUGGAUAUUGUCAUAUAACAGAUGUUGAGAAUCACAAGCAAGAAGAUCACAUGGAGAGCUUUUUCCUAGCUGAAACUGUUAAAUAUCUGUGGCUGCUAUUUGAUUUGGCAGUGGGUGCUGAUAAUCUUGUUGAAAGCGGACCUUAUAAUUAUAUCUUCAGUACUGAAGGCCACCUGCUACCUUCAACCCCUCAAAUAUCCCUAGUACGUGAACAUUGCACAUAUUAUGGUGCCUACUGUAGGAGCCAUAAUAGCAGCUUGAGGCAAGAACUACACUCUUCUGAUAUCUUGAGGAAAUCCCAAGAAGCAAAUGGUAGUGGAGUCCACCAUAGAGGUUGGGUGCCCAAUGCAUUGUUAUCUGCCUUACCUGAUAGGACGACAAGUUCUGGCUCAGGGUUGGUGAAGGGAUUUUGCCGAGGACUGAAUCAUGGACAAAAGAUCGGGGUAUCAUUUGUCAAGCCUCAAUUUAAGGCUCAGGAAGUUGUCUCUGUAGAUAAUAGGGUAGCUAACACAGCUUCUUCUAAGAGCAACAUCGUGGUUUCAAGUCCUGCAUACACCGAAAGUAAUGGGUCUCUUGAAGAAUCAAGCAAAUCUGAGAUGGGAAAUCCGAGUCCCCAACAAUAACAGCUGGCAGGACGAGAAUACCAUUGUGCAUUAAGUUAUAUAUAGAGGUCUGAGCAUCGUGACGUUGAGCAGCUUUCAUUACUAGUGUAAUGGAAGUGAUGACGAUUCCAUAAUGAAGCAAAAGCACUGUAAAAUAUUGUUAUUGUGCCUGUACUUGUAAAACUUGAUUAACGAAACAUUCACACCUCCAUUGACUGAAGACAUCAAUUAACUAUCCGGAGCAUCGACCAAAGCCUGACAAAAACAAGGAGCUGUAUCUUGAUUUGUAUCUUGUUGAUAAUAGCAUCAUUUGUGGCCUGUUAGCAUUUAAAAUCUCAGGUUAGAUAAUGAUCAUUUGUAAUGUAAACAAUUUUUUAUUCUCUGCUUUAUAUUUUUGCGAAGUGCUCAAUUGUAUAUACCAGAAAAGAAAUUUUGAUACAUAGAGUAAAUUGAAUUCUAUGUAUAGCCGAAAAUCUGCAUCAAUUCAGGCAGUUUCCAUAAUCUUAUAGCACUGACAGCUUGGUAAAGCAAUUUGUUGGUUAAA